AUGGACGAAAUACGACAUCUCCGAGAGGAGAUUGCAGCGCGUGAAUCGGAGCUGGCCCGUCUGAGGGCGUGCCUCGCCACCAAACAGGCUCACCAAGGCAGGGCUGCUUCUGAAAACAACUGGAAAUGGCCGCUUGAGGAAGACGAAUACCAGCGUUACGGGCGACAGAUGAUUGUUCCCAACUUUGGACUGCAAGGUCAACGGGCACUCGGGCGCGCAAAGGUCUUGCUCGUCGGCGCCGGAGGACUCGGCUGCCCGGCGGCCGCGUACCUCGCCGGCUCGGGGGUCGGUGUCCUCGGCCUCGUCGACGGAGACGAGGUCGAAAUGUCCAACCUGCACAGGCAGAUUGCCCAUUCGACCGCCCGCGUGGGCACGUCCAAGGUCGAGAGCGCAAUCACGUUCCUCCGCGAGUUGAACCCGAGCGUUACGUACAGGGCUCACGCGACGCAUCUCACGCCGCAGAACGCGGGGGCCAUCGUUUCGCAGUAUCACCUGGUCCUCGACUGCACCGACCACCCGACGUCUCGCUAUCUCAUAUCCGACGUCUGCGUGCUCCUCGGGAAGCCGCUGGUGUCUGCGGCGGCCUUCCAGACGUCGGGGCAGCUCAUUGUGCUGAACAGCCCGGCCGGCAGGGGGCCCUGCUACCGGUGCGUGUUUCCCAGACCGCCUCCCCCCGAGAGCGUCGUUGGCUGCGGCGAAGGCGGCAUCGUCGGCCCCGUCGUCGGCGUCAUGGGCGUCCUGCAGGCGCUCGAGGCCAUUAAGCUCGUGUGCGGCGCUGGCCGGGGACCGGCGGAUUCUGCCCAGGCAGAGAUUCGGCCGACCAUGUUGCUCUUCAAUGGCGUGACGGACGGUGCGCCCUUCAGGUCGGUCCGUAUGAGAGGCAGGCGCAGUGAAUGCUCUGCCUGCGGCGAGAACGCGCAGCUGACUCUGGAGCGCUUGGCGUCGUCGAUGGACUACGUUCAGUUCUGCGGUGUGACGAGGCCGGUGCGGUUGCUGCGGCCGGAGGAGCGCGUCACGGCCCAGGAGUACCAGCGGCUGGCUGCCAGCGGCGCGACCCAUGUGCUCGUGGACGUGAGGGACAAGGAGCACUUCAGCUUGUCGCACAUUCCUGGAUCUAUCAAUGUUCCUAUAGGUCGCUUCACGAGUCAUCGUGGUGGUGACACGCUGCCCGAGGGCAUCCCGGCGGAUCUGCCUGCCGAUGUGCCGAUAUAUGUUGUGUGUCGGGUGGGCAACGAUUCACAAAUUGCGGCUGCAAAAUUGAAGGAGUUGGGUUUGGAUCGCAAUGGGCAUCGUUUUGUGGGAGACAUUUUGGGGGGACUGAGGUCUUGGAAAGACAGUGUUGAUGAUUCACUACCAUUUCUGUAA